AUGUCCGCAUGUGAGACAUCUAUUAGUUUCUUGGGUCACAUCAUUGAACAAUGUAAAAUCCGCAUGGAUUCGAAGAAGGUUACAGCCAUCAAAGAUUGGCAACCACCAAAAACCGUACAUGAUGUACGUUCAUUUCUUGGGUUAUGCAAUUACUAUCGAAGAUUUGUAAAAGCCUGCUCAGAAAUUGCACUGCCACUUACUGAAUUGACAGAGAAGGAUAAGGAUUGGGAUUGGUCAUCCCAAUGCCAAGCUGCUUUUGAAAGGUUGAAGAAGUCCAUAUGGACGAACCUAGUUUUCGCCUUAUCGAAUAUGGCUAAACCAUUUGAAGUUCAUACAGAUGCUUCAGAUUUUGCCCUUGGUGGAGUCAUCUUGCAAGAAGGACACCGAGGAUGGCGUCACUAUCUGCUUGGGUCUCCAUUUAUUGUGAAGACCGAUAACACUGCAUCGAUAAGCCGAUUUAGCUGCCAUCUGCUCUGUAGCUGCUCUUUCAGGGAGCGCAGUCUCCACGAAUACUAG